UGUACGUUUUUGCCAACAAGUUAUUCAAAUGCUUCUCUAUAUAUAAGGGUACAAUCAUGGCUCAUUCUUCUCAUCUAAUCAACAAGAAUCUUGGUUCAAUUAUCAUCAUUUUGUAACUUAGUUCAAUCUCGAGGACAUAUAAUAUGAAGCAAAAGAUUGUGAUUGAAGUGCCAUUAAACUGUACCAAAUGCAAGAAGAAGGUCUUGACCAUAUGCACCACUGCAGAAGGUGUGACGGCAGUUAAGUUUAUAAGAGAUGGUAAAGAUCGAGUGGAGAUUAUAGGAGAAGGAGUUGAUGCAGCUCAAGUGACACAAGAUUUGAGGAACAACCUUAAGUUUGCUAAACUAGUUAAUGUGUCCAAGCUUGAUUAGACUCAUCUAUGUAUGGUAGUAGUAUAAUCUCAACUUCAUUGCCAACCUUAAUUAGUGGCUUCAUUCUAUAUCUUAUAUUAUUUUGUUCAUUUAUGAUAUUUUCAUCUUCUUCUUCCAAUAAUUGAUAUAGCUGUGAGCUUAGAUUCUAAAGUGUGAAGUGUAAUAUUGUAACAACAUGAAAUGUAUAUCGUCUAAUGUUACGUACGUUCAUAUAUAGGUUUAUUAAAAG